AUGGGCGCGAAGAACAAGAACCCGCAGCCGACCACCGGCGCCGGCCGCGACGGCGGCGCGUUCGCCUUCAUCUCCAAGGGCUGGCGGGAGGCGCGGGACACGGCGACCGCCGACCUGUCCCUGAUGCGGGCGCGCGCCGACCGCGAGCUGGACCACGUGCGGAGGCGGAUCCAGCCCAAGAUUACGGAGCUCAGGAACCACUGCUCGCUCGAGGGGUGGCCGCCCAGGGCCGGCGCCAGCCUCCGCGUCGACCUCGCGGCGAUCCGGAACGCCGUCGUGGCCGACGGGCGAGGCGGGGGCGAGUGGCCGUGGAAGGGCGGCAGCGGCAAGCGGAGGGCGGAGUGGGGCGUGGCCACGUUUGUACGGGGCGGGCUCAAGGAGUGUGAGCUGGCUGCGACCAUACGGAGCGGGCUCAAGGAGCUCGAGCGCCGGAGCCUGUCGAGUGAGAUGUUCGGUGGGUUCAGGGGACGCGGCGAGUUUCUGGAGAAGCUGAAGCUGAGCUUGAAAUUGCUGAACAAAGAGUCUCGCGAGCAAAAGGAAGUUCCCCCGCUGGAUCUAAUGGAAAUUCUGGCAUAUCUAGUCCGGCAGUCUGGACCAUUUUUGGAUCAACUUGGUGUACGAAGAGAUCAAUGUGAAAAGCUAGUGGAGACGUUGUACAGUAAACGGGAUGGCCGGCUCAUGUAUCCGUCUCUUUCAGCAGAUAGUUCCUUAACUGGGAACGAGAACACAACUGAUGAUCUUGAUCUAAGAAUAGCUAGGGUGCUAGAAAGCACUGGCUAUCACACAGACGAAGGUUUUCGGAAAGAUCCUACAAACUUGAGAAUCUCAGACAACAGACGACAUCUUGCAGUUUUCACCACAGCAAGCCUUCCAUGGAUGACGGGGACAGCAAUCAAUCCAUUGUUCCGUGCUGCUUAUCUGGCAAGAAGUACUAUGCAAAAAGUGACACUGGUUGUUCCUUGGCUUUGUAAGUCAGACCAACAACUAGUUUAUCCGAAUAACAUCACCUUUAAUUCACCAGAAGAGCAAGAAACCUAUAUAAGGGACUGGCUACAGGAAAGACUUGGCUUUGAAGCAAAUUUUAAGAUAUCAUUUUAUCCUGGCAAGUUCUCAGAAGAACGGCGCAGCAUUAUUCCUAUAGGGGAUACCUCACAGUUUAUUUCCUCCAAAGAAGCUGAUAUAGCAAUUUUGGAAGAACCAGAGCAUCUUAACUGGUAUCAUCAUGGGAAGCGCUGGACAGAUAAGUUUAAUCAUGUCAUUGGCGUAGUUCAUACAAAUUACCUAGAGUAUAUCAAGAGAGAGAAGAAUGGUGCCCUUCAAGCUUUCCUUGUUAAACAUAUCAACAAUUGGGUGACAAGGGCAUACUGCCACAAGGUUUUACGUCUGUCGGGAGCAACUCAGGAUCUUCCCAGGUCCAUUAUUUGCAACGUUCAUGGUGUGAACCCGAAGUUCCUCAAUGUUGGCGAAAAAGUAGCAGCUGAUAUGGAGCGUGGGCAGAAGGCCUUUACGAAGGGAGCAUAUUUUCUUGGGAAGAUGGUUUGGGCUAAAGGUUAUAAAGAACUUAUUGAUCUACUAUCGGAACACAAAAAUUGUCUGGAGGGCUUCAAGCUAGAUGUGUAUGGAAAUGGUGAGGAUUCACAGGCUGUCCAGGCUGCUGCUAGGAAGUUGGAUUUGGGCAUCAAUUUUUUCAAGGGAAAGGACCAUGCCCAUGAUUCACUCCAUGGGUACAAGGUUUUCAUCAAUCCAAGUGUUAGUGAUGUCCUAUGCACAGCAACUGCUGAGGCUCUCGCAAUGGGGAAAUUUGUUGUCUGUCCCGAUCAUCCAUCAAAUGAGUUUUUCAAGUCAUUUCCCAACUGCUUGACAUAUAAAGCUCCAGAGGAAUUUGUUGCCAAAGUGAAAGAGGCCAUGGCUAGCGAACCUCAACCUCUGACCCCUGAGCAAAGAUACAGCUUAUCAUGGGAGGCAGCAACCAAGAGAUUUAUGGAGUACUCGGAGCUUGACAAAGUUCUGAAAGAGAGAAAUGGUCACUGUGGACAAGGUGUAAAGAGAAACCGUGUGAGGAAGAUACCUUUACUUCCUAAAUUGUCGGACAUCAUGGAUGGAGGACUGGCAUUCGCUCAUUACUGCCUAACUGGGAAUGAGAUCCUCCGAUUGGCGACAGGAGCAAUUCCUGGUACCCGGGACUAUGAUAAACAGCAGUGCAUGGAUUUGAAUCUCUUACCUCCCCAAAAUCAACACCUUGUAUAUGGCUUGUGAUGUGAAUCUGGUUGCACUUAACUAAUGUAUAGUUGAAGGAAUUUCCUCCUUAGGUAUGUGCAUACCAAGUUUUAUCCAAUUCCUGUACUGCUGACUAGCGACUAGAGAGUAGAACCUGUACAUAUGUAGAAUCUUAUUAGGUUUGUCUUGUUUGUACUCUUUGCCUAUAAUCUUUUCCUUCUAUUCCCCAAAUAAGCAAGUUGCUUUAAUAAUGGAUAUUUCUACUAGCUUUGUAUCUUUA